AUGGCAGACGCAGCGAAGCCCAAGAGGCGUCUCCCCUUCAAGCCCACCGCUUUGCGACAAAAGUCCGAUCCGAAGCCCGCGACACAGAAGAACGACAACGAAGAAGACGACGACGACGAUGGACUCAACCUGUUCCAGCGCUCCGCCGAGUUCUUCCCCGUCGCUGUUGCCGAGCAGGAGCGCCGUAUGAAGCGGAAACAGGCGGAACGAGAGAAAAGCUCACAAGCGCGCUCGCCAGAGCGCGAGACGGAGCCAGCGCCGAGAGCGAGCGAAGAGCCUGGCAAGACCGACGUUGAAGAGGACACAAGGGACCCCGGCACGCCGCCAUCAAAACGCUCGCGGACCAGCGACGAAUCCCCGCAAUCGAGAACAAAGCAGUCGCCGUACAAGCGCCGCGAAGGCACAGAGACACCCUCGAAGCGCCUGACCCGCGCCGCCGCCUCGCGGACGCCUCGGAAGCAGGAGGUGAUACCUCACAAACCCGUCAUCGCGAUCGAAGAUAGCGACGAAGACCUCGAUGACGCCGACGAUGUGGCCAGCGACGAUAUCUACGAAGCGUCACCCGUCCGCAAGACGCAGCGCCGGAGACAGACUUCAGAGCCUGAGGUAUCGCCUCUUGUUAUCGACUCAGACGACCCUUUUGUAGAAGGAACGGACGAAGAGAAAAAGUCAUCCGUCGCAGUAGCAGCAACGGAAGAAGAGCAGGACGACGAGUUUGAGGAAUACGUCCGACGCGCCAUGGAGCGUAAAAAGGCUCUCGAGCAGGACGAGAACCAGCUCGUCAACGUCUUCGUCACCUCUGAUAUACCAGGCACCAGGGACCGGCAAUUCCGCUUCACGCUUGUCAAGCCGCUCAAGGUGAUCCGUAUGAAAUGGGUUGAAGUCCAGCUGGAACGUAUUGAGAUUCCCCGCUCGGAAGUGGAAAGCGUGUUCCUCACAUGGCGCGGUCAUGAGCUGUAUGACACCACAACGCUGCAUAGUCUCGACCUGGAGGCUACGUUCCGCAAGAACGGCGGCGGCGGCGGUGGUGGCGACGGCGCAGGAGAUUUAUCCGAGGGCUUCAAAGACGACGAUUGGACAAACGUACACCUGCAAAUGUGGACGCGCGAGUUGUGGGAAGAACACGAGAAGCAAGAGGCACGGAGGAGGAGACACGAUCUCGGAGACUACUCUGACGACGAAGGUGGGAACCAGGGCGACGGUGCGGAUGUCAUCGAGCCAGAGGUGGAACAGAAGAUCAAAGUCCUCCUCAAGACCAAGGCGGACGAGCCGCUCAAGACUUCGGUGAGGCCGUCGACCACGAUCGGAACGCUUAUGGAGCUGUUUCGGAAAAUGCGUGGGUUGGCUGCGGACGCACCCAUCACGCUCAUGUUUGACGGCGACGAGCUCGAGGAAGAGAUGACGGUCGAGGAGGCUGAUAUUGGCGACAUGGAGACGAUUGAGGUCUACAUAAGAUGA